UUCACUAGGUAAACCUGUCUCUACCGCUCGCACAACUCACUGCCUCUGCUACGCACCUCGCGUUGCUCCUCCACUCCACUAGCACUCGCAGAUAACAACAAUUCCAACGGAAAUACGUGGCGCCGACUCGCCUCGGAGGAACCAUCCGCCACACAUCCGCCACUAUUCAAAAACCCCUCCGAGCGAACAACGUCAUGGGGUUCAUUCUUCGAGCAAUCGCGAUUCUCUUUAUCCUCGGAUCAAUCUCCGCAACCACCGUAUCCGCCGCUGAGCCGUACCUUGUAACCAAAGCCAAGCUGCUGCGCGCUGCCGCCGCCGCCGCAAAAUCUGAUCUCGACGCGGCGCAAGCCGUUCUCGAUCAGCGGCUCGCGGACGAGGCGGUCGUCGCGAAAAAAUCGGCGGAUGCCGACGCGGACGCCGCCGCCGCCGCGACGGAUCUCAACAGCAAGCGCGCGGAGCUCGAGGCGGCGAAAGCUGGGCAGGAAACGGCGCGUCAGGCGCUGAUUCAAGCCAAGCAGACGUCCCGCGACGAGCGCGCGUACUACGACGAUCUCGAGUCGCAGGCAGAAGAGGCGAUUUUUGAGGAGAGCGAAGCCGCUAAGGACGUCGCAGACGCCAUUUCCCGCCAAAACACGACCGCGGUCGUGUUCGGCGAACAGCAGAAGAUAUCGCAGGAGGCUUACACCGAGGCGGUCAGCGCGGCGCGCGCGGCGGCGCGGCUCCAGACGCCGGAGGCGAAGACGUAUCAGACGGAGGCGUACAACAUCAAGCUCCAAGCCGAUCGGAUCCUCGGCGCGGUGAAGAAGCAGGCGGACCGCGCCGUGGCGCGCGUCUCGGAGCGGCAAACGGAACAAGGAAACCGCGGCAAGGACAAGAUUGAUACUCGCGGUGCGUCCGACGAGCAGAAGAAGGUGAAGGAGAAGGCGGAGAAGGACGAGGCGGACUCGGGCGUCUUUUUCAGCUCCGCGGUCGCCAAAACGAAAAACGCGGAUACCGCGGUGAAGGUUCAGGGGCAGAUUUACACCGCGAAGGUCAAGGCGCAGCAAGCCGCGAAGGCCGCUCUGGCGCCGAAAAUCCAGGCGCGCGUGCAGCAGGAGCGGCUGGUCGCGGUGCGGAAGACUAAGUAUGAUGGGACCAAGGCAAACGCUGAUAACGCCGAAAAGGAUGCUGUUUCCCGCGGUCACAAGCUAGACUAGUCCUAACCUGGUUGCUGUUAGCGUUCAACCCCCGGUUCAAUGGGCCGUUGAGCGCCAUUCGCAAAGCUAGUUCGCCCUCUCUCCGGUCUGCGGUCAUUGCUGGUUCAUUUUGGUCCUCCUCCUGAAGCGACGCUCUCUCAGCGCGAGGCUCGGGAGAUGAAAGCCAUUUCGUCGAGCUCCUAGAACGAAGGCUUUCCAAUAACGAGGAUAAUCAUGUGGUUGGGUGAUGGGAAAGGGUUGGAUAUGAGAUUCCAUGUUUCCAAAAUCAAUAGCAUGUGGGCUAAUGCCUUGGGGUUUUGGUGAAUGCAUUUGUUUGAUUCUGUAUCUUGCUUACAUCAAUUCUGUUACG